CUAGUGCAUGUGUGUGUAUCCCCAAGCAAUUGAAGUGAAAAACAAUUAUACAAAGAAGAGAAAGAAAGAGCGAAAAUGCAGGCCGCGAAGAAUGCAAAGGAAGUGGCAGCCAACAGCGCGGCCUCCGCUAAGUGUGACGUGGAGAAGACCAAGGCAACUGUAGAUGAGAAGGUGGAACUGGGGAAAGCCCAUGACCCAGCGCAGAAAGAAGCGGUCACCCGAAAGAAAGAGGAGAGAAUAAUCCAGGCUGAUCGCCAAGAGCAGGAGGCGCGUGCAUGCAACGCAGCAGCCAAACUGCCGGGAAAGGCUGGCACAGGGGGGCACCAUAAUACUUGAAGUUGGAUUAGAGCAUGAUCGAAUGGAGCUAGGCACCGUGAAUGUCGUGUGUAACCAGGGGCGGAGCUACCCCUGGCCUUGGGGGGCCAGGCCCCCCAAGCCAGGGGUUUCUCCCAAAAAAAAAAAUUUGAAAAUUUUACAUCUAAAUUUUUUAAUUUUUUUAGUUUUGACCCCAAAUUAGUUUUUUUUCAAUUUGGUCCACCAAAUCCUAAAUCUGCCAGUGUGUAACUGUUGUUGGUUUGAUGUUUUUUGCACUCUUUUUUUGUUUUUUGUUCUUCUCCUGUUUAUGUUUUUCCCACAUUGGGUGGUGUUUUCUGGAUGACCUUACAUGCUCUUAACUAUGUAGUUCGGUGUUCCAUUUGAAUAAAAAUACAAUGAUUAUGAAAUUAAAA